UGUCUCAGCAAGUGCAACGUCAGCAACGCGUAGACUAAAGGAAGUGAAACCUACAUGACUCGCCUUGACUUUAGUUUUGGAAUUGUUUCAGGUUAUUCGUUCCCAGUUUGACUGUAUGUUUUCGAAUAGGAGCGGGGAAUUAAAGUGUCUCUGGUCAAGAAUUACCAACGCUUAAAGAUUGACAGGAUGAGUGACCUUCCCAUCUACAACCCAUUGGUCCUGAUCGGUGUGGGCUCCAGCUUUGCCUUCUCUGGCUUGUUUUACCACUUAUACAAAGAGAAGAAAGAUGAAAUGGUCAAGCUGAAGGAAAUACCCAAAUUCGUCCCGGAUCAACACUUGGUAAGGAUCCUCAAGGCAUCGCCCCACAGAAAACUGCAGUACGUCGCAGUAGAAGGUUUGGUCCAGGCAGACGGCGACACUCUGACCAGUCAGUUUGUCCCAAGAUGCUUUGGGGUGAUCCAGAAAAUAGCUGUAGAGGAACACUGGAAAGUGUGGAACAACAUCACUAGAACAUGGAACUCCAGAACGACCAACAGGAAGGAGACUAACAACGCCGUCCCCUUCAGUCUGGUUGAACCGGGCGCCUACAUCACCGACAUCACCGUCAAGGUCCAUUCCCCUCUGGAGGCUUCCGGCUGGUUCCUGGAGAGAGUUCACUGCAGUGUCAAACACGCCCAGGAGGGCCUGGUGGACGUGUUGUUGGAGGGCCUCAGCGGCGAGCGGCCCAUGGCGCAGAUGGAGACGGAGGAGCUGCUCCGUGUUGGAACCACUAUGACAGGUUUCGGGGAGGUGGUGCUGGAGGGAGGGACAGGGACGACCAUGAGGCUGCAGGCGCCACAAGAUGGCCGCCGCUACAUCCUGGUCCCCACGGACUACAAGGGGUUUAUAGAGAGACAUGAGGGUACGGCCAAUCUGUGGAUGAGGCUGACGGCGCUGUUUGGGAUUACGGGAGCAUCGCUGCUGGCCGGGGCGGUUUAUAGUACGAUGGGGAAAAAGGACAGAAAGGAUUAGUAGUGUUGAUGCCCAAAUCGACUACCUUCUACCGAGCCCUGCUGCACAGGUUUUAAGCAAUAUGUUGAAAAUUUAACCCAGCCUAUCAGAAGGUGAAGUAUUGCUUAAACUUAUCCUAUUUCUUUGUAGAUAUAAAUAUAUUUUGUUCGACGGAUUAUGUCCUAGGUGAAUGGUAAAUGUCUGUGGUGAAUAUUAUUACACCACUCAAUUUAUAGGAUUAUGGAGGACCAUAAGGUAUUGCAAGACCAUGUCUUGACAAAUCCCGUCCACAGGGUAUCAGUGGCACAUCAGAAACAGUGUUUAAGUCGAUGCAUUAACAACGGAGUACUUAUACUGGAACGUAGACCCAGCCAUUUUCUUUUCUUUAAAAAAAUAAAACGAUAUGUUCUGAAUCGAUCAUUUUCCAAAUAUCUAGUUUUAAUCAUACUUGUUUCAAAAUCAUUCCUUGCCCGGGUCGCUGCGGUUUAGUUGAAGUAAUGUCUUUGAGAUGGGGUUGUAUUAUGUGAUAAGACGUAUGUGUGACUAACAUCAGCAGGUGACUUUGCUAGUAUAGAACACAACUAGCUCUAUACAGCAUUAAACCACUGUGGUUACCAGGGUCUCAUACUGAACACGCAGAGCAGUGUCUGUGACAUUCUCUAUUCAUUGGGUGAUGGUCUAUUUUGGGAGUAUAUUAAAAACUACUCCAUUUUU